GUCGUCACUAGUCGCAGCGCACUAUUUUAACCCCACAAGUGACACUCCUUUCCUCUUCACUAAACUCCAACUCCAUUAUUCAAUAUACAAUCUUCGUGACUCUACAGUUCUCUCUCUCGCUCGAAUCUUAGAAACUAUGGCUUCAUCUACUAAAACGGUUAUGAUCCCUAUUGCUCACGGUACUGAGCCUCUAGAAGCGGUGGCGAUGAUCACCGUCUUGCGGAGAGGUGGUGCUGAUGUGACGGUGGCGUCUGUCGAGGAUAAAGUUGGCGUCGAUGCUUGUCAUGGCAUCAAGAUGGUCGCUGAUACUCUCCUCUCCGAUAUCACCGACUCUAUUUUCGACCUUAUUGUUCUCCCCGGAGGGCUUCCCGGUGGCGAGACUCUUAAGAACUGCAAACCAUUAGAGAACAUGGUGAAGAAACAAGACACAGAUGGAAGACUCAACGCAGCUAUCUGUUGUGCUCCUGCUUUGGCUCUUGGUACUUGGGGUCUUCUAGAGGGCAAAACAGCAACGGGUUACCCUGUUUUCAUGGAGAAACUUGCGGCUACUUGUGCAACUGCUAGUGAGUCAAGAGUGGAGAUAGAUGGAAGGAUUGUGACAAGUCGAGGACCAGGAACCACCAUUGAAUUCUCCAUCACUCUUAUUGAGCAGUUGUUUGGGAAAGACAAAGCUGAUGAAGUCUCUAAUAUCUUGCUGGUUCGUCCUAAUCCUGGUGAGGAGUUUACCUUUACCGAGCUUAACCAAACCAACUGGUCGUUCGAAGAUACUCCACAGAUUCUUGUCCCCAUUGCAGAGGACUCUGAGGAGAUCGAAGCUAUUGCACUUGUAGAUAUCCUGAGGAGGGUAAAAGCAAAUGUCGUGAUAGCUGCAGUUGGUAACAGUUUAGAAGUGGUAGGAUCUCGCAAAUGUAAGCUAGUUGCAGAUGUGCUUCUUGAUGAGGUUGCAGAGAAGUCGUUCGAUCUGAUUGUGUUGCCAGGAGGUCUUAAAGGUGCUCCAAGAUUGGCAAGCUGCGAGAAACUGGUGAAUAUGUUAAAGAAACAAACGGAAGCAAACAAACCAUAUGGAGGAAUCUGCGCAUCACCUGUUUACGUCUUUGAGCAUCAUGGUUUACUCAAGGGUAAGAAGGCAACUACCCACCCAGUGGUGAGCGACAAACUUUCAGACCAGAGCCACGUUGAGCACAGAGUUGUUGUGGACGGGAAUGUGAUAACGAGCAGAGCUCCAGGGACUGCUAUGGAGUUUGCACUUGCUAUCGUUGAGAAGUUUUACGGGCGAGAGAAAGCGCUUCAGCUCGCCAAGGGAACACUUGUGUAAAUUCUGAAGUAUGAAAAAUGUGUGUGUGGGGGGGGGGAGGGGAGCAAGGGACGUUAAUAAAAGGGCCUUUUUAUUUAUCUUUCUGUUGUUGAUGAUGAGUGGCUUUGUAAUGUGAGCUUUUGGCUGAAUGGAGUGUGGAUUUUACGUCUUUAAUAAUUGAAUAAAUAAAGGUUAUUCUACUGA